AUGCUUGACAGAGAUCCUAUAUUUUCAAUCCUCGCCCUAGGUGUAAUAUUGCUCCUUCCAAUUAUACUGUUCUUUCGACUCCAAUGGAACAGCAAAAUCACGCAAUCAACAGGCCUAUCAUCGCGCCUACGCCUCUGGAACAGGCGCCCAGCUCAAUCAAGUAAUAUAGUCUCUUUGCGCGUGUACCCGAUAAAGUCAUGCCGCGGGUUUGAAGUAAGGCAAACCACGCUGAAAGAACAUGGUCUCGAUCUAGACAGACAGUGGAUGAUAGUCGAUGCCUCAACACACGAGUUCCUCACUAUCCGCCAAAUCCAAUACAUGACUCUUAUAAACACAAGCCUAAGUGCCGAUGGUCAAGACCUGGUAAUCACCAUCCCGACCAGCUUUGACGCCGACGAUUCAACAUUGAAAACAGUCUCUAUCCCGGCUCACCCCUCACCAGAAUGGUUGGCUGAAAAUACCACCGUGGCUGCUGUGAAAAUAUGGGAUACAGACACAGACGGGUACAUCUACAAUGAAGAAGUCAAUGCUCCCUUCUCUGCAUUUCUGGGCUGCCCUGUCGCUCUUGUUUACAAAGGCCCAACUCCACGUACUCUGAAAGGAAAUGGAGCCGCGCAUAUUCUGGGCCGUGUACAGUCAACCGGCUUCCCGGAUGUUUUCCCCAUUCUCAUCGCAUCGGAGGCUUCCCUGGCUGAACUUAACUCCCGUCUGCGCGGUGUGGGCGUGGAUCCAAUUACCAUCGAGCGGUUCCGGCCUAAUAUCAUUGUCCGAGGCCAAACACCUUGGAUUGAGGAUUCGUGGAAGCUCGUCCAGAUCAGUGGGUCCGAAAAGAACGAGCAGACUCCUUUGGUCUUGGAUAUUGUGGCUCGGUGUACGCGGUGCCAGGUGCCAAAUGUUGAUCCGGACACGGCGACUAAGCACAAGAAACAGCCGUGGGAUAUGCUUGUUUCGUAUCGGCGGGUCGAUGAGGGAAUCAAGUUCAAGCCUUGCUUUGGAAUGCUCAGUGCACCACGGAGUGAGGGGCCUAUCGAGGUUGGGAUGAAAUUGGAGGUGUUGGAAGAGACUACCCAGCACCGCUAUAUUAGGGGAUUCUAA